CACAAACAAAUAUGGCAACUUACGAUAUCGGAAUGAUGGGCUUUAUGGUAAUCUUAAGUUGCUUUACAUGCGGUUUGGCAAAGGUGUAUAUAGUGGGAGACACGGCUGGUUGGGCACUAAGCGUCGAUUACACCACCUGGACGGGUGACAAAACUUUCAAAGUGGGAGAUAGUCUUGUAUUCAACUACGACAGUAGCCAUACGGUGGAUGAAGUGAGCUCCGGCGAUUACACCACCUGCUCCGUCGGCAAUUCCAUCGCGUCUUACAAUUCCGGCACCAGCACUAUCGCUCUAAACACCACCGGCAACCAUUACUUCAUAUGUGGUGUCGUCGGACAUUGUAGUGGUGGCAUGAAGCUGACAGUUGCUGUCACCGGCGCCGAUGGUAGUCCCUCCGCCGCUCCAUCAUCCAUAACAGCCGAUUCUCCCUCCACCUCAACAACCCUUGGAAACACUCUUACCCCUGCUACAACGGCUGCCGAAACUAGGAAUAUUCCGGCUGAAAGUUCAUCGUCGGCCAUCUCACCUUUUGCAGCUGCUAUUUUCAGUUUGGUUGCAUUGCUGUGGGAAUUGGUUCUUGCCUGAGUUAAUUUUCCGGCCGGCCAGGAUGGAGGCAGUGCUCUCUCUUUAUUUCUUAUCAUUUUUAUUUUAGAUUAUUUUUAUGUAUUUGCA